UCUCUUACAAAAUAAUAAAAAUCUGAUGCUCAUCGAUAUGUCAGGCAAUAGAAAUUUGACCUUGUUGGACAGAUCUUUUAACAACAUGGAGAAAUUAAAAAUUUUGUGGCUCCAAGUUAAUGGAUUGAUCGCAUUGCCGGAAGAUCUUAUUUGGGGAUCCUUUCAGCUGCAAUUUAUUGAUUUGAGGAAAAAUUAUCUUGAAUCUUUGCCUAAGCAUGUAUUUCGGGAUGCUAUAAAUUUAAAAACAUUGCUAUUGAAGUCUAACAAUAUCAAAGUAUUGUCUGAUUAUAUUUUUAAGAAUACCAAUCUUUUAGAGGAGUUGGAUUUAUCACAUAAUCGCAUUACUUCCAUUUCUCGAAAUCUGUUUAAUGGAUUACACGCGUUGAAGGAACUAUACAUGGAACAAAAUCAUCUAAGAACCAUUUCCUUCGAAAGUUUUAGUUCUUUAAAAUCUUUAAAGGUUGCUAUAUUCUCUAAUAACCAUCUCACAUUACAAUCUACAUUUUUUUAUCCAAAUAUCGUACCCAAAUCGCCUUUUCACUAUUGCCGUUCAUUGAAAGAAUUAUAUUUAUCUCACAACAACAUAUCUGAUAUUAUCUUUAAUGGAUUGUCCAGUACAAUACAGAUUUUGGAACUACAUAGUAACAAUAUAUCAAAAAUACGCCCUGUAUUGAAGUUUCUCCGAAAUUCCACCAAUUUAAUUUAUUUGACAUUAUAUGAUAAUCCGUGGGAAUGUAACUGUGAUGCUGUGGAUUUCUUACAUUUUAUUCACACAGAAUAUCGAGAGAUUACUAAAAUAUCUAAAGUGUCGCAAGUGAUAUGUCACGGAAUAAAUAAAUCCGUAUCAGAUAUGAGUUUCUACGACUUUUGUCCGCUUGACACAACAGCGAUUAUUAUUAUAAGCGUACUAAUUACUCUAACAGGAUUUAUCAUCUGCAUUCUUGGAUUAUAUUAUAAAUACCAGAAACACAUUAAAAUAUGGCUAUUUGCACAUGAAUGGUGUUUACGGUUUGUAACAGAAGAACAACUGGACAAAGAAAAAUCAUAUGACGCGUUCGUGAGCUACUCGCACAACGAUCACAGUUUUAUAAUAAACGAGUUGAUACCGAAGCUAGAGAACGGCCCUACACCUUACAAACUGUGCCUGCAUUAUAGAGAUUGCUCAAUAUAUGAGUGUGUAUCGGACGUUAUCGCUAAAUCCGUUACAAAUUCGAGGCGGACGAUAGUGAUUCUGUCGCCAAAUUUCUUGGAUAGCGUUUGGGGAAAGAUGGAAUUUCGUGUCUCACAUUGUCAAGCGUUGAGUGAAGGCCGUGCGAAAGUUAUACUCAUAUUCUACGAUGAUAUCGGACCCAUCAAUGACUUGGAUGCAGAAUUAAAAGCAAUUAUAACUAUGAGUACGUGUAUUCAAUGGGGUGAUUCUUGGUUUUGGGAUAAAUUGAAAUAUGCGCUGCCGCAUCAAUCCAUACGACCAAAAAGCAUUGUUGAAAGAGAAGUUGUCGAGAGUGGUGAAUUGUAAACAAAUAGAGAUAAGAAAAAGCUUAUCUAUCCGUUUAUAGUUUCUGUGGCACUUGCAAUCAUUGUAUGCCAUUUCGAUUGCGAUGAAAAGUGAUUUUGUGUGCGAAAAACUUGAGGCAAAAGUCACUAAUAAAUCAUUUCUUGCAAGUAUUAUGUAAGUUAUACUGCGGCAAUAAUCGUUUCUUUUGAAUAAUUAUUAAAAUACAGUCCUAAAAUCAGUAAUAAAUGAUUUACUUUGAUAAUGCAAAGGUAGAUAAAGCCAUUAAGAAUAUGAAAAUGAUUAGCGACUAUUG